UGAGUCUGUUGGGUGUUUGUAAGGCGGAGCGACACGCGGCGGCGCUGCCCUCAGCGCUUCCCGCCCUCCCCGCUGCCAUGGCAGCGGCGCUGCCGCCUCAAGAUGGCGGCCCUGUGGCGCCGCGCUCCCUGACGCCAUGGCGGCCGCCGGUCUCGGGGCGCCGCUGCUGUUGCUGCUGUUGCUGGUGGCUCCGUGCGCGGGGCAGAGCCAUGGGGGGCCCGUCUUUCAGCCUUCGUUUAUCCAUAUGUCUGGGCUAAGAGUUAAUUCGUUUUUUCUUGGAGAUUCUUCAGGAGUUAGUUUUUCUAUUAUUUUAGAUGCUAUAGAUAAAGAGACAGGAAAUUUGCGAGUUCCAGACUGCAGUGGAAGUGCAAGAGGUGGUGAUUGGGACUUGAAUGUAACACCUGGUGUGGGUGCAUCCAAAGUGACUGUAACCUUCACUAGAAAUCUGCAGUUAUGUUUGCCCAAUGCCACUGACUGCUGCACAACACCUCUCUGUGUGGUGGAAACGCUUCAGGUUUUAGCUUGCAGUGGUUCUGUGGUUCUGGCACAUCUCCUGAUUCAAGCUGAAAUAUAUGCCAACUCUUCCUUUACGGGAAACGUGUCAGAAAACACGUCCGUCAUCCCUAACCAAGUGUUUCAGCCCUUGGGCUCUUGUCCUUGUGACUUGACAGAUGGAGCUUGUGAUGUUCGCUGUUGCUGUGAUCCGGAGUGUACACCGGCCUUGAAGCAGUUAUUCAAUGGAUCGUGUUUCUCCGGAGUGUUUGGUGGGGACGUAAACCCACCUUUUGAUCAGCUGUGCUCUACACGGACAACAGAAUAUACUCCUGAUUGGUUUCCGUUCCUUUGUGUACAGUCUUCUCUUAACAAUACCCCAUUUCUUGGCUAUUUUUAUGAUGGCUCUAUUUCUACACCCAGAGUUCCUCCAUUUAAGGUCCCCGUACAAACUUAUCCUGGGAGAGUUUUCGCUGGUUACAGACGGGGAGAUCCAAUUAUGACAGAAGAUGAUGAAUAUUUUACCAUCCCUCAGCAAUCUGUGGCGGGGCAGUGUGUUGGAAACGCCCCUGUGGCAUACCUGCAGGACUUUGAUGUUAAGUGCCUUACUGAGGUAGCAUCUUACAAGGAAGGACUGCCCCACGAUGUGAGGAUCAACAGUGGAACAGGAGACUUCAUCCAACAAAAUGUGAUCUACAGAACCAUCACAGACACAGGCAAAUUCAUCACUAAAAGUGAAGGCCUUCCUACUGCUGGGGUUUUGUGUCAAAGUGUAACUUUUGCAGAGCAUUAUGCAUUCAUUUGGGAAGAUGACAACAUAGAGGGCGUAAAUGUCACAGUCUUCCUUGGAAAUUUAUGUGAUGGAGAAAUACUGACACAGAGAUUCACAGCCGAAUUUGUAAGCUUGAAGAGUGAUAAUGCAGCAGAAGUGUCUGCUAAUCCAGGCUAUCAAGUUGGAAAUGCAGUGAGAGCUGCAAAUAUGAAUGCUCCUGAUACUGCUGGCAGCUUAAGAAUUUGGCAGCCAGCUGGCAGAGGUCUGUGUACGUCAGCCACUCACACACCGGUUUUGUUCGGGGUAGAUUCCUUCUCUGGAUGCGUACUGGAAGUUGAUAUCAAUGAAGAUUGCAGCCUUUUAAGAGGAAAUGUAACUGAGAAACUGAAUUCGUUAAUACAAGCUACUCACGUUGGAAAGAGACGCAAUUCAAAUUACAGUGAGCUCAGUGACUGGGUGGAAAUUAUACGACUCGAUCCAUUUAAUCCGAAUAUGAGUGCGAGCCCUGGAAAGGUGAAAGGCAUUUGCCCAGAUGUUCCUGCCAAUCUGAAUAUUCGCAUCAUUUUUGCUGUUGUGGGUGCAGUGCGGGGGAUUCCCAGGGAGGAGAUACUCGCCGUGCAGAUCAGUUACUCAACAGUCAUCUGGCAAUUCCAGUGUGGGCUUACCUGUGAAAACACUGCCAGCCUUCUGCCCAUCACUGCUUCUGUUCAGUUUAUCCAAGUGCCAGCGCAGCCUCCAGUUCCGAUGACCAGAUUUCAGAUUAAUUACACAGAAUUUGACUGCAAUCGAAAUGACGUGUGCUGGCAGCAGCUGUUCUACCCGCUGACACGGUUCUACACAGGACAGCCCUAUUCGCAGUGCCUGGCUGCGGGCCUGGCGCUGGCUUUCCUUGCUGUACUCGCAGCAGUGCUGGGGAACCCAUGCUUUUCCAAAGUGUGGGAGAAUUUCUUGGUUUAAAAACGUUGAUGUCGAAAGAACCACUUUGUAAAUAUUACAAGUAUUUUUCUUUGUAAAAAGUACGGAAAGAUUUUUAUUUUCAAAAUGAGCAAAGGCGCACAGAAAGUGAAAGUACUAUUAAAAGAGAGGAAAAAAAAAAAAACCAA